AUGGCAGCUGGGCGUCAUGCAGCUUCCCAUCCUUGGCACGACCUCUCCAUAGGAGACGCAGCGCCUAGCUUGUUCAAUGCUGUGAUCGAGAUUCCUCGCGGAUCCAAGGUCAAGUAUGAGCUUGACAAGGCGACCGGUCUCCUUUACGUGGACCGCAUCUUGUACUCCAGCGUUGUGUACCCCCACAACUACGGCUUCAUCCCACAGACUCUCUGUGAAGACAACGACCCUCUGGACGUGUUAGUACUCAUGCAGGAGUCAGUUGUGCCCAUGGCUUUCCUGCGUGCCAAACCCAUUGGCGUGAUGCAGAUGAUUGACCAGGGAGAGCAGGACGAUAAGAUCAUUGCUGUCCAUGCUGAUGACCCAGAAUUCAAGGGCUUUGAAGACAUUGCGCAGCUGCCAAAGCACAGAUUGGCCGAGAUCCGCAGGUUCUUUGAGGACUACAAAAAGAAUGAGCACAAAGAGGUGAAGGUGGAUGAGAUUCUUGGUAGGGAGGAGGCUGAGAAGGCCAUCAAGGAUGCCAUGGCCAUGUAUGUGGAGCACUAUGUACCGAAGCGUGCCAGGUGA